CCGGCUGGGGAGGUGGAGGACGGGGAGAGAAGAAGAAGGAGUAUCCGGGAGCAAGAGAAAACAAAAAGGGUCAGGCCUGGGACUUGGCAAAACGGGGGAGGAUCAUCGAUCACCAUUUUUUUUUUGUUCCAUUUAUUUUAUUCAUCCAAUUUUGAAGCUUCUUCUGAUUUCCGUUAAGAAUAUCAUCCACACGAUUUGCACUCUUAGCGAUGCCGUCCAACACUGUUGCCACCGCCAACACCGCUGCGUUCAAAAACUCUGACUACACCUGUGAUGCACCUGGGAACAGAAUGAGCGAGAGCACGAGACUGGACAAGGAGACGGCACCAGAGGAGAAGACAGCUAAAAGCAACACCAGCUGUAAAGUGGUCAGGCCUGCUGGGAGGAAACGCAAGCUGAUACCUGUGGAGGGCAGUGUGUCUGUGAAGGAGACUGUGGUCGGAGGUGGGUGCAACAGUCGCACCGGGCUGGCAGCGGAGAGAGAGAGACAGUCUGUGUCUGUGGCGCAGGUGCACAAUGGAGUCGUGAGCAGCGGGCACGCAGACAGAGACAGAACCCAGGCUGGUGCCCGCUGCUGCCCCAAGCAGGACAGGAAAGCUUCAGAGAAGAACGGGUUACCAGGCGCCCCUGGUACCCCCAGUGCCCCUGCCAGCCGGGCUGAGGACGCCCCCCCCGAAACCCACACCCUCCUAUGUCAGAGCCGGAGCCUGAGUCCCCCCUCCCUGGAGAACGGGUUUCUACUGAGCCGGGAGCCGAGCCGGGACGAGCAGGACGACUCUGAAAAGGACAAAGAGGAGAGUCUGCCAACUCCGCCGCGCAAGAAACGAGGCAGGCGGAAACUGGAGCGUCCAACGAAAUAUGUGGAGCAGAAGGAGGAGGAGGGAGUGGAUGCAAUCAAGAAUGAGGGAGUUGGAGGCCCUGGGACAGGCAGGCUGCGUGGCUCCGUCAGUCUGCGUCAGAGGCCCAUUCCCAGAGUAACCUUCCAGGCCGGGGACCCAUAUUACAUUAGCAAGAGGACCAGGGAGGAGUGGCUGGCUAAAUGGAAGAUGGAGGCAGAGAAAAAGGCCCUGCUGGUGUCAGUGAUGAACGCAAUGGAGGACCAUGAGGAGAUGGAGCCUGAGCCACAACAGAAAGAAGAAGUGUCAGUAAUCACACACAACCAACAACAGCAGCAACAACAACAACAACAACAGCAGCCCACGGACCCAGCAUCCCCGACGGUGGCCACCACACCUGAACCUGUCGCCAUGGCAGGAGGUGACACGACAUCACCCAAGACAGCUGAUACUGAGCCUGAGUACGAGGACGGGCGUGGUUUCAGCAUUGGGGAGCUGGUGUGGGGGAAGCUGAGGGGGUUCUCCUGGUGGCCUGGUCGUAUUGUCUCCUGGUGGAUGACCGGACGCAGCCGAGCUGCCGAGGGGACACGAUGGGUCAUGUGGUUCGGCGAUGGAAAAUUCUCUGUGGUGUGUGUAGAGAAACUGUUGCCUUUGAGUUCCUUCUCCAACGCCUUCCACCAGCCCACCUACAGCAAGCAGCCCAUGUAUAAGAAAGCCAUCUAUGAGGUGCUUCAGGUGGCCAGCACCCGAGCAGGCAAAGCCUUUAUAGCCUGUCCGGAGAGCGAUGAGACGGACACCUCCAAGUCAGUGGAUCUACAGAGCAAACAGAUGAUAGAGUGGGCUAAGACAGGCUUCCAACCCACCGGGCCCAAGGGCCUAGAGCCACCAGAAGAGGAGCGUAACCCAUAUAAGGAGGUGUACCCUGACGUGUGGGUGGAGCCAGAGGCGGCAGCCUACACACCCCCUCCAGCCAAAAAGCCUCGCAAAAGCACUGCAGCCGAGAAACCCAAGGUCAAGGAGAUGAUUGACGAGGGGACGAGAGAGAGACUUGUGUAUGAAGUGAGGCAGAAAUGCAGAAGCAUAGAAGACAUCUGCAUCUCCUGUGGAAGUUUGAAUGUUUCCCGUGAACACCCUCUGUUUGCUGGAGGAAUGUGCCAGAGCUGUAAGAACUGCUUUCUAGAAUGUGCAUAUCAGUAUGAUGAUGAUGGUUACCAGUCAUACUGCACUAUUUGCUGUGGGGGACGAGAGGUGCUCAUGUGCGGGAACAACAACUGCUGCAGGUGUUUCUGUGUGGAGUGUGUGGACCUGCUGGUGGGCCCAGGUGCAGCACAGAUAGCUAUUAAAGAGGAUCCCUGGAGCUGCUACAUGUGUGAGAAGGGACAGAAGGGAGUGUUCGGCCUGCUGGAGCGUCGCACUGACUGGCCCUGUCGUCUACAGCACUUCUUCGCUAAUAACCAUGACCAGGAUUUUGAACCACCAAAGCUUUACCCUCCAGUCAUGGCAGAGAAGAGACAACCCAUUCGUGUCCUGUCACUGUUCGAUGGCAUAGCAACAGGUCUGCUGGUGCUGAAGGAGCUGGGUAUCCAGGUGGAGCGCUAUGUGGCGUCGGAGGUGUGCGAGGACUCCGUCACGGUGGGCAUCGUCAGGCAUCAGGGACGCAUCAUGUACGUGGGCGACGUGAGGAACGUCACACGCAAGCAUUUACACGAGUGGGGCCCCUUUGACUUAGUGAUUGGUGGAAGUCCAUGUAACGACCUCUCUAUUGUCAACCCGGCUAGGAAGGGUCUUUAUGAGGGCACUGGUCGGCUGUUCUUUGAGUUCUACCGUCUGCUGCACGAGGCUCGGCCCAAAGAGGGCGACAACCGGCCGUUCUUCUGGCUCUUUGAGAAUGUGGUGGCCAUGGGUGUCAGCGACAAGAGGGACAUCUCUCGCUUUCUAGAGUGUAACCCGGUGAUGAUCGAUGCCAAGGAGGUGUCUGCUGCUCACCGCGCCCGCUACUUCUGGGGGAACCUGCCUGGCAUGAACAGGUUGGUGAGAGAACGGCCCUUGACUGCCAUGUGCACUGACAGACUGGACCUUCAGGAGUGUUUGGAGCAUGGCAGAACAGCGAAGUUUGGCAAAGUGAGGACCAUCACCACUCGCUCUAAUUCCAUUAAGCAGGGUAAAGACCAGCACUUCCCUGUCUUCAUGAACGAGAAGGAGGACAUUCUCUGGUGCACUGAGAUGGAGAGGGUGUUUGGCUUCCCUGUCCAUUACACAGACGUGUCCAACAUGAGUCGGCUGGCCAGACAAAGGCUUCUGGGAAGGUCGUGGAGUGUACCGGUCAUCCGUCACUUGUUUGCACCACUCAAAGAGUACUUUGCCUGUGUUUAACAAGACUUGGCUUAGAAACCAUCACAAACAUAUAACUGUUGUUGUAACUAGAAACAAGAGUUGUGGUGAAAUUAUACUACUUCCUGGUAUCAUUUCUCAGGCAAGCAAAACAUCAUCAGAGUAGAUAUUUCACAUUAUUUCUUGUAUUUUGAAAUGUACUUCUUAUUCUAUUUAAUUUGUAUAUGUCAUUUGACCUUUUUAGCAGUGUUAUCCAGUAUUUUUUUUUUAUUGAUUUAUUUGUGCAAGCUAUACUUGAGACAAGGCUUUCUUCUCAAGGCACUGAGGAAGAAGAAACUAGGAUCUGUGUGAUUUUUUUAAAUUUUUAAUUUUUUUUAAAAUAAAGACUAGGAUUGGGUGAUUGGAAAAGAUCAGAAAGAUAAGAGUUUUUCAUACUGUGUGUACAGUAUGUAUGUGAAUGAUUUUGGCUGUGUAGGCAUGAUUUUGUUUUGGCCUAUAUCUGAAGUGGACGAAGCAAUCCAUCUCCUAAGCCUUGCAGAGCUAAAGUGAAUAAGGGUGAUUUUCUUCAGUGUCACAGAAAGCUGUCUUAAUGAAUCCAAAACACCAGAUCACAUAUACCUCUUUGUUUACAGUUUAUAUACACAGUUAACUGAAGGUUAAGGUACUACUGUAAAAUGGUUACAAUACCAUGGUGCUUCGAGACAAUAGGAAACAUCACAAUCCAUGUGGCACAGGCACUACACUUUAGACAUCUUUUUCAGUGUGACGUUUCAGUGUGAUAGACGUUAUGUGCUAUCUUAAUAACUUUAAAUUACUUCAAAGUGGCGAUAAAAUAGGGCGUGGUGGCAGAAGACUGCAGAAUAGCAUGCCAUAUUCUCCUCUUUCCUAUGCUUUACAGCUUUUUUUAAACAAACAAUUGUACUGGUGCUUUUUCAAUCAUUUUUCAAGCCUUGCGACACGCAAACUCAGGCCCCCGUGCCUGCCUGUGUCCGACUCUGCACAAACACAAAAUGAAGCUAGCCACAUGGGCAGUGAUGUUUUCUGUAGUUACAAAAACAAACAAAAAUAUUGAUCAAGGUCUGUGGUGAACUACUUUUUUUGUAGUUUUAUCCUGACCCAUGUCAUUACUGUACUGUUAGUGAGCAUGGUCGGUGGACUGGAGGGAGUGUGGGUGCCCUGGUGUUUCCACAACCAAGUAAAGACUCUCCCUUCCCUUCUCACCCCUGCAAACUAGAUAGUAGAUACUGUCAGGUGCAAGUCUUCAAACAAUAUGGUGCGGCUUCACAAUGCUCUUCUACCGUUUUAUAGCAAUUUUGUGCUGUUUUACCAACAUUAUAAAGCACUUUUUAUAUGUAUACUUCUUUUUUUUCCUUUAGUAUUAGAAACAUUUCUUGUUUUUUUUCUUGUGAAAUGUUUGUUUUGUUUUUAUGAGGUGAACUGUUUUACCAUUGUGUAAUACAGUAUGUUUUCUAUACCGUAGGGCUGUGCCAAUAGAGGUGAAAUAAUGGAUUAUUAGAAUGGCGUAUCCAUGGAAACGAUUGAAUUAUUGAUUGCUACUCAAUGUACAGUAGAUUAAUUGAAAAUGAUUAAUGUGCUCCGUUAACAUAUUGUCUUCUGUUCAAAGCAGUAAUUCAGUGUCAUCCUCCGGGUGAAAAAGAAUGUGUCUAUUUCUAUUACGAUUGUAGGAUUUAGAUCCAGAAUAUUUUGAGAGUCGAAGGAGAGAGAGAGCUAUUCAAACGAUUAUUACCCAAACUUGGAUUACAUUCCAGAUCUGCAUUUUCUGAUGAUCUGAAUUAUUAUGACCUUGAAUGUGGAAGAUUUGGAAAUGAGUUUGUCAGAACUGAAAAUUGAACAGUGGCCCCCCAAAAAAGAGAGCAGAGAUUAUGACUUACCAAUGUCCCAACUAAAAUAUUCAAUAUGACUUAAUUUCAUAAAUGUAGUUUCAUACAUGAUUAAGUUCUUAAGUGACCUUACUGUAUCCUUGCCACCGUUUUAGUUGAGCUUCACACAUUGGGUUCGCAGGAAUUCUUGUGCGUUGUGUUGACAUUAAUUCCCCUUCUGUAUAGCAAAUGACCAUAUGUACAUUUUGUACAUAGAGUUUUCCUGUUGCUGGUUUUGGUUUGUCUUUCUCUUUUUUUAUUACCUAUGAGAUGUACAAAUAUAAUUCUUUGCUAAUAUAUAUCAUGGAAUUGGACGGAAAAAAAAGAUUAGGGCAAAAAAAAUGUAAUCAAGUCAAAUUGAACCAAUUUCAUCCAAAUAAGCUAUGAAACAUUAGAGCUGGGUAGACUCCAAGUCUUGCCUUCUAGUACUGUUCAUUUGUUUUGUUUUCCAAUGUUCUGAGUGAAUCCAGUUGAAAUGUGUCACGUGAUCUUAACAGUAGCCUAAUAAUGACAGCUUUAAGGUGGAACGGUCUAUACUUCACUGCACAGCCCUACAUAAUGUUGGUUGUUGUUUUUUUCUGUCGCUUUUGUUUCUUUAAAGAACUAUAAAGAGGGAUUGUAGGUGUUUCUGACGGUGCUAAAAAUUUUAUCUAAUCAAGAAAAAAUAUAUUUGUUUGGAAGAGAAAUAAAACUUGUCUUGACAAUGA